GAGCUAAACUGCAGUUGUUAAAGUGUCUGCUUGGUGGUUCGUAGGUACAUAUAAAUAUGCACAAUAGCUAAGCAGAGUGCCUAAAGGGGGUUGGCUUGCAGGUAGGGUUAGGUAGGCUAUCACACAACACGUCGUCGUCAAAAUAAACCAACCCACCUCCGCGCACAAUACGAAUUUUAAUUUCCCCUUCAACAUCCUUUCGCCAACUACGCAUACCAUCACACUCGCACUACGCAGCCAUCAAAUUCCAUCACAUCCAUCACACAGAUCUCUAUCAAACCAUUAACCAUCAAUUUCCUGUCGUCGCCAUUAAUCAAAAUGUCGAGCAGCAGCAAUCCCAACCAGACCAGCGGCAAUCAGCCCAACCCAUUCUUCACGCAUCCACAGCCAAGCAAUGCCGGCAAUGCCGUCGGCAACAACCAAUCCCAACAGCCUUCGUUCACAUUCGGAGGUGGGAAUAACAACAAAACCGGUGUAUUUAACUUUACCGGCUCUAACCAAGCAGGGCCGGGCGCCGAUCAAGUGGCCCCGCGGAACAGUCGUUUUACCGCAGAGGAACGACGUGAACACUGGCAGAACAAAAACCCUCGGUACCAGUCGGGGUUUACUACUGCUAUCGAUGUAACCCCAGAAGGCCUGGUGAACAAGAAAACCAAAAGAGUUGAGGAAAACUCUAUCCUAAUCCAACCAGCCGAUCCUAAGAAAGGCAACAAUCAAGAAAUAUGGAGCGGGUAUUUCACUAGGACCAGCGGUCUCAAAACAAUAGCAAAUCGUUACAUAUCCACUCACUCACCAGAUACCAAAACCCUGGCGUUGUUUAUAACGCAGCCCAAGCCAGAUCCUGCCCAGAUCAUGGCAGAACACGUCGGCCUCAGGCUGCUACCAUUCAAAAACGAUAUCGUCCUAACAGGCCAAAAACGAAAGGCGGACGAUCGCAUCCUUUGCGCAAACUGCCAUAAGGAUACUCACGUUCUCGCGGAUUGCGUGUGGCCAAUUCAUAAAAGAUGGGGCGACAUCUUCGGCUGCCCAAUUUGCAACACGAAGGAGCACCGCUUCGAUCUUUGUCACAACCAGUCCAGCCUGAACGACUGGGACAGGUUCAAGUUUCUCGUGCUCAGGCGAGCGGGCAAGUGCAUGAUACGCUCCGACUGCAAAGUCUACAACCUAGCUUUGCAAUUUAUCCGGGAGGGCAAAGUCAACCCUGCCGAACUAGUCAUGCCGUGGACGCGCCCCGGCGCCGUGGUUCUGUUUAACCAACCAGAAGCCAUUGCCACACUUGAGGCCUGGGACUACCAGAACCCACAAGCUCAAGUAAUCGUCGAUCCUAACAGCGCUCCCGCCGCCCUCAGCGGGCUCGCAGCCACGACCGGCGGCGACUUUAGUGCCUUUAGUGCCGCAUCAAGGCAGGCCGAAAAAGAGUAUAAAGCGCAAGCAAGGCAGUAUCUCCAGGCUGCUCAAUUUGGGGCACCGUCUCAAGCUGGAUGGUCAACUCAACCCCCUUUCCCGCAACCUCAGGCUACCAUUCCGCAGCCUCAGGCUCCCGUUCCGCAGCCUCAGGCUCCCGUUCCGCAGCAGCAGGAUUCUCGUCCUCCACGGAAGGUGGCAAAGGCCAAAGGACACAAUCCGUCGUCAGUCACGCAACGUCAAAAGGCUUCGUUAGACGUCACUAUGGCAGAUGAUACGAAUGCAAGAGUAUCGCCAUAGGUCAGGUCAAACCCGGCCUGAACUAUCACCUACCAUUCUCAUCACUCUUUUUCUUCUCUGGUUUGUUAGCCGCAAACCAAUGUAAAUGUGAUGUGGCAAUAUAGCCACCAUCAAGUAGUAAGUAUAAUAUAAUAUGAAGAUAAUGAUAAUGAAGCCAUAACCUAACCUAUAUCCUGGUUUCACGUCUCGCCCAAUCUGUGGCAUAGGCACCAGUCGGUUCGACUCCGGCAUUUUACUAACUUUUCGUGGCAUGUCCACAGAGACACUUGCCAUCAAGACAAACCCCGUCACUGGCAGUGGUCUAAGCUAAUUUACCAUUUACCCCAACAGUUUCUUUCGUUGCUAAAGAGGUGGCAGCACAUUACGGCCCGUGUCCGUAGAAAGACAGGAGUGUAACCGUUGCGGCUCGUGUUCGCAGAUAGUUCUACCGGAAUCACCGGCGAGAACUAUGAAGCCUACUAUAGGCGGCGCGUCUUCAUAGUAGAUAGAUCAAUAUAGCAAGUUCCUGUCCCCUAUAUGUGCCAUGGCCUUGCCAACUCUGUAAUCGUGACUCGUAAGCCGUAGUAAGGAUAUAGAUUUUGUGACCCCAGUUAGUAAGGUGGUGUCACACAACUAAUACGUACUAAAUAGGCGAUAUAUGAGGUCUAAUUGAUGAUAUUCAUGAUGAUCU